AAAAGAAAUAAUUAAUAGAACGCCGCUGUUACCGUUUAUGUGUUUAGUUGUGUUUUGGUGUUGUUCUGUGAGUGCAACUGUUUACCGCUACCCAUGAAGUACUGCGAAACUCGAAUGCUGGCUUCUUUUGCACAGCAAGCUGCCUCUUUGGAGAAGGUGCUAAAAACGCAACAGCAACAGCUGGAAUUAGGCCGCGGGUGGGACCAAGAAAGAGAAAGAGAUAGAGACAGGGACAGCAAAGGCAAUGGAAACCACAGUCCCAGCUCAGACACUCGAAUGCAGGAGCAUUCACCUUCACCUUCAGCAGAAGUUCAGAAGAACCUUAGCGCAACUGUGCCACCUAUUCCGGCACUUCCCCAGAAUGAAACGAAGCUGAACAAUGAAUACCCCACGUCGUACGGACAGUCUCCUCCAUCGAGUACACCUGUUAUGACACCCCCAACGUCAAACCUUCAUCACAUGCAACAGCUUCUCCAGCAGCAUGUUUUAAGCCCCACGCAGCUACAAAAUCUGAUGAAACAGCAUUCUUUGUUACAACAACAGCAACAUCAGCAACACCAGUUAGCCGAGCUGGGCAAAAAGCAGAUGGAGCAGACUAUGCAGCAUCUGCAGGAGCAGUUGCAGAUGAACUUCUUACAACAGACACAUAUCCUACAAAACUCAGAUAAGAAGAAAGCAGCUGGGUCUCUUCAGCAACUGGCCUUGCAACAGCAGCAGCUGAUUCAACAGUUGCAAUUGUUCCAACGACAAUACAUGGUUCAUCAGGGAAUUGGUAUGCAACCUCUCAUGAUGCCACAGGCACAAGGAUUGAACUCGAGGGACGUGAUAAGCCCUUGGAAGGAGUUGAACGAUCAGCAAAUUGUUAACAAUAAGCCACCCCCAGAGUUAAAUGAAAACCCAAACGCUAGUCUCUUGGGAAUGUCUACGGGUCGAACAAGUCGUGAAGAUUCGAUAGAAGAUAAACCUGAAAGGACAACGACUCCUGAUAGAGUUCACCAUCUCUAUGGCCAUGGUGUUUGCAGGUGGCCUGGUUGUGAAGCCAUUUGUGAUGAUCUACAGACGUUUAUGAAACACCUUAACACAGAACACACUCUAGACGACCGAUCGACAGCUCAGGCGCGAGUCCAGAUGCAAGUCGUGUCCCAACUAGAACUCCAGCUUCAAAAAGAACGCGACCGUCUCCAGGCCAUGAUGCAUCACCUCCACCUUUCUAAGCAGAUGGGGUCCCCAGACCCCCACAAAGACAGCUGCGGAAAGAUGGGCCCUGGGGUCCCCACAUCGGGUGCCGCAUCAGGGCCUGUCCCAUCCAUGGGGCCCAUUGUCGGUGCUGCUGUCAGAUCACCGGCCUUACAUUCACCAGCUCCUAAUGUCCCUGGACCAAUAAGGCGAAGGCUGAGUGACAAAUCGGCGUUAUCAUUGGCUGGUGAAAUCCAAAGAAAUAGGGAGUUCUAUAAAAAUGCAGACGUGAGGCCACCAUUCACAUAUGCAUCUCUCAUACGCCAGUCCAUCAUAGAAUCGCCCGAUAAGCAGUUGACACUAAACGAAAUCUACAACUGGUUCCAAAACACAUUUUGCUAUUUUAGGAGAAACGCGGCAACCUGGAAGAACGCAGUACGUCACAACCUGUCACUCCACAAAUGUUUCAUGCGUGUGGAGAAUGUUAAAGGUGCAGUUUGGACUGUGGACGAGGUGGAGUUCUACAAGCGUCGGCCUCAAAGGUGUUCCUCGGGGCCAUUGCCCCCACAAGGGCCCACGGUUGUUGGGGGUGUUAGCUCGAAGAGUCCAACGUUAAGCCAUAGUCCAACAUUAUAUGGGGAGCAUAUAUCAAAUAACGUACAGUUCAUGCAGGCAACCAUGAUGGAAGAAAACAACCUAUCAUUUUUGGCAAACUCUUCCAUGAUGUCAAGUCGGCCCAGAGAUAGGUCACCCACGCCUCCUCAUGACCAUAUGAUCAGGGAUUACCAUCGUAGAUCUCCAAUGAAUGGAGGGUUGCAUAUCAAGCAAGAGAUCAUGAGUCAGGAGCAUCACAUGAGCCGGGAUCCAGAGCAAAUGCACCACAUGAUCAAACGAGAAAUGAUUCCAGAAUACGAGGAUUCUGAGCAGGAUCAGAACACUGAAGAGCAUGUGGCUGAAGAUCUCACAGUUUCAUCUGAACAAAUGGACUCCAACAUGCUCGACGCAUAGCGCCGAUGUGUUAGUGAUGAGUGUAAGUGAGAACGGACAGAAGGUAUAUAAUUGCUAAUAUUAAUACUCGAAUCUGGACUUUCCAUUUUUAGAUAUCUGACGAACUGUUUUUUUUUCAUCAUGUCCGACUGAAAUGUUGGAGGCGAUAUUUUGAAAGUUCGUCGAACCCGUAGAGGAAAAAAUCAUACAAAGUACGUUUGACAAAUAAUGCCGUAGCGUCGCACCCCAGUCGCCUGCAAUGCAGGCUCCAUCUUCUCGACGUUUUCACAAAUGUCACGGGUUGAUAAACGACGACGCUACGUCAACUGUCAAUCUCACUACUUGUCAAACGCGCUGUGCACACAACACACAAGUAAUCUUGCAUGUAUUCCCAAUUCGCUUUGAAAGGUUUUUAUCCAUAUUUUAUAAUCUCGACAUGAUAAUUUUUUUGAGCUUUUCAAAACAGGCCUUCGACAUUUUCAACUAGGCUGUUAUGGACGGUUGCAUUGUAAAAUUCGUGUGUAAAUAUAGGAAAUGUUAUUUUAUGAACGAAUGAAGACGUAAUAAGCACUGUUAUUUCUUUUAAUACACCAAAAAAUUUGAAUGAUAGACGAAGUUGAUUCCAAAUAUCUGUGUCAAAAAUAAUUUUGAAGCUAUCAAACGUAAAAAUGUUACAUUGUUUGAUACUAAUAUUUCCUUUUAUAAUCAAAAUAUAGUUCCUAUCGAGAAACUAAAAAUAUUUCACUUAUGCAAAUACUGCCUCUGAAAAGUACAACCCGAAACAUCACAUCAUGCUUCUUAUAAAUUCGCGCCACUUUGGGUAUCUUUUUGCGGUGUAAGCAGGGACGCAUUUCAAGAUUCACUGCCCUGGGCCUCUCAAGGCUGGCUCCAUAAACAAAAGGAGAAAUGCAAAACUUUUGAUUGAGUCCUCUUAAACUCAAGAGCAGGGAAAUUCUGCUUUUCCUGAAAUAACUAAGGUUUGUCGAUGUGAAUCUAUGACAUAAUAUGCAUUUUUGAAAUCGGAAUUAAAAACUCUAUCCGACUGCGCAAAGAUCCAAUAUGGCGUUCGUAAGAAAAAAUAAAGUUGAUGCUGGAGGACAAGAGGUGAACCGUCACAUUUAACUUCUAAUUAUACCAUCUUGUAGAGGAGAAAUGGCGAUAUUAACGUGCAAUUUAGUUCUGAGAAAGCGGCACUGAUAUGGUCGAACUUUCUGAGAUUCUGAGUCAAUCUACAGCAGGUGCUUUGGAGUUUUUGGAGUUUUUCACGGUAUCACAGUCCAAGAUAUAAAAAUAUACUGAAAGGAUGUACAUGUAUGUGACUUCAAAUUCAAGUAGCUGUUUAUUAGCAUGCGACAAUCUGAAAAUUGCAUAACAACUUCUUCUCAUCAAAUGGUAUACCUAAAUUUCUUGCUGAUUUCCCAAUUGGUAUGUCCGUUUGUCCAUUUAAAGAUAUUAUCAUUUUUUUUUUCACUUUGUGUCGUAUUUUUUUUUUUUUG